UGAGUGACGGAUCGUUUGACUGCUUAUCAGUUCAGGGAGUUGGAGAGCACUGAACGAUUCUUUUGAACGGAUCAUUUUGAUGCACGGGUUCUAGAGAUUCAGUACAGUAAAAAGAACUGGCGUUCCCAUCACUAUUGGAAUGCACCUGAUUCCUCUGCAAGCUUCUCUCUUUUCUUUAGAUGUCAUUAGCCAUUUCUGUCCCUUGUUUUCAAACACCUCUGGGUUAAGGGUUCCCUCCACUGGGCAGUGUUGAUCGAUUUCCGGCUAGCAAUCAUUUUUGAUACUUCUGCAAUCCCUUUAAUGAGGGGGUUGCUUUUCUCUACCACGCCAACAGGGGUAUUUGUUCUUUAAGUUCCAGAGCCCAUCUUUAGCAUUGUGAAAUUAUAUCCUUUCACUUUCUUUUUCAUAAACUCUUAGACACUAUUAAAGGAAAGUUAAUUUACCCUAUCCAAGGAAGUCACCUUAAUGGAAUUUAAUUGAUUAGAGAUUGUUACGUUACGAUUGUUAGGUUGUUAGUUGUUAUGACCAGUUCUGUAUUUAUGACCAUGUUGUUUUCUGCUUUGUCCAACAGCUUGUAAUUUCCCACCACAUCCCUUUGACCUGCACCAACUCCUCUACUGUAUACCCCUUCAUUAAAAACCAACGGCUCUUUUAAAGCCACUUCAACACUGUCCUCUAACUGCUGCUCUCCCUCUCUCUCUCUCUCUCUCACUCACACACACACACGCACACACGCACGCACGCACACACACACACACACACACACACACACACUUAAUUUCUGGAAUCCCUGUUGUCUUGAAGUAAGUAUUGUUAUUCUAUUUUUUUAUUUAAUCUUUCUUUGACCUCACUCUCUCUGACUGUCCAAAACACUCUGCCCUGUCCUUUUGUUUUUCCUGAGCUUGAAAGUGUCUGUAAACUCUUUACACCCCUUUGUCAUUCUCUCUUUUUGUCUGACUAUGCCUUCCUUCCUUCCUUACCAACAUAGUGCUGAAAUGGCUGCUCAGCAAGACACAGGGAAAGCAGAGGAUGCUCUUUUCCUUGCAGACAUGCUUCUGGCUCAAGUCAAAAUGGCAACAGGAAGCAGUACCGUUUUCGACAGUCAAGAGGAUUCUGCAGGUACCAGAUGUGAAGACCAACACAGCCUUCAGAGAUCCAUUGAACAGAUGUUUCUUGGUGUUCAUCAAAAAAAAGCCAGCCUUUAUAAUCAUACUGGUUGUUUGGGAGAUGAGACAGCACUGCAUCUCAGAAGGCUGGCGGAGAACAUCCGGAGAAUGAUGUCAGACAUGUCUUCUGGCAGAGACAGUGACAACUUAAGUGACGAGGGGCCUCAUGGGCUACUGUGUCUUCUCCAGAAAAGGCUUGCUGAUGUGAAGUUCCAAGUGGCAAGACUAAGUUACAGCCAGGCUUUAGGACCAAAUGCUGCUUCUCUGCUGGAGGAUUUGCCGGAGGAGCAUAAAGAACAGUAUGAGGGUUCAGAUGACAGUGAUUUUGAAGCUGUGCAAAUUUGUCAGGGUGCUAGGCUGUCAUCCCACUUCCUUGUUGUCUGGUGUGUGUGUGUGUGUGUGUGUGUGUGUGUGUGUGUGUGUGUGUGCGCGUGCGCCUGCCUGCCUGUGAAUCUGGUGCUGGGUGUGGUCUAAAGUCUCCUGGUUAGAUGACAAAUACCCAUAGUUGAGUCUUGAGUAUAGUAUUUCCUGUUAUUACUGUUAUUACCAUGACAAGUAAUGGAACUUUACCAUGUCAUUACUUCAGGUAGCUGUAAAACUAUGUGUUGCAGUGCAUGGAAUGUAGUUCAUUCAGAGGUGUUUUGUUUUUUUCUGUCUUGAAGAUAAAAUAUGUAUGUCAAUGUGCAGUUGUUUGUCAUUUCUCUGUCCAGCCGGAAUCCUGUACGCACUGUGCAUACUUGUUUUUGUGAAGGUGAAAAAAAAAAAUUAAAGCAAUUUGUGUUCUGUGUA